UCAGAGGGGGAGGGAGAGAAAAACUCAAACGGAAGCCCUUACAGUUAACAAACACACACCCGACGAUGAAGACAGACACAAACCUGCUCCUUUUAAUCCUCUGCCUGGCUAAAGGUGGGUGCUGGGCUGUUACUGUGGAAGGAUAUGCUGGAGAUUCCAUUAUCAUCAAGUGUAAAUAUGACCAAGAAUACACAAAACAUCCAAAGUAUUUUUGCAAAGAAAAUGAGUUUUCAAAGAGUUUCCCCUGUAAUACUCUAAUACAAACCGAAUGGAGUGAGGGGCGAUUCUCUCUGUAUGACGAUAAGGACAGUGGAUACUUUAAGGUGAUCAUGAAUAAACUAACAAAGACUGAUGAAGGGAAGUACUGGUGUGCAGUGGAUAUAGAUUUGUCUCUUGAUGAAUACAAUGAAGUCGAUCUGAAGGUGAGAGAAGGUGGAUCACCCACAACCCAAGUGACAGGAUGCGUAGGAGGUGCUGUCAUGAUGAAGUGUAGCUUCUCACUUAAAUACGCUGACAACAAGAAAUACUUCUGCAAGGAAAACUCUCAGGGCCCUGGAUGUGAAGGCAUAAUAGAAACGCAUGUCAACGACCAGUGGAGAACAUCGGACCGCUUCUCUCUAUUUUACAACACCUCUGGAAAGUUCGCUCUCGUGAAGAUCAGAGGGCUGACCGAAAAGGAUGCUGGGAAAUAUCAAUGUGCAGUGGACAUACCUUUUGCAGGCCAUAUUCAAGUAGCUGUUGACGAGCACACUGAAGCAUAUCUGCAUGUGGAGGAAGAUCCCUGCUGUGAGCAACCCAUGCAUGUAAAUGCUGUUGUUGGACAACACCUUAACAUCACCUGCAAGUAUCCCAAUCGGCACAGAGAGAGACCCAAGUUCUUCUGCAGGGAAGCUGAUGCCAUUGGAUGCAGAUACACCUUUACAAGCCAAGACAGCAGGGCAAAGACAGACCCUGGUUUGUACUCCCUGCAUGACAACAGAGAGCGCCGUAUAUUAGUGGUGUCCUUUAGAAAUGUCACCAAACAUCACGGUGGCCAUUACUGGUGUGGAGUGGAGGUCAACUGGGAAUCAGGAGGUUACAAGGCUUUCAUCACCAACGUCUCCCUUAGUGUUAAAGGUAAUAACAAAAUCGUUUUUUUUCUUUUUUCAGCGUUACAUCUUCACUGACUGGGCUAUGGAGUCUCAACUUUCAUUUGUGUUAAUGGGUCAAAAAACGCUUGUGUUUGACUUAGGUUUAAGUACUGAGACUCAGGGAAUGGGUUAGGCAUAGUUCACACUGAAUCACAAUUGCAGUUACAUUUUGUGUACAGAUGUGUUUAUCCAAGUCAACGGCAUCACAGAAAUGUGUUGGCAUACUAUCAAUACUAGAAGCGAGACUAAAAUUAGGUUCCAACUGAAAUCAAAGUUUACCCUGUAGUUUAAAAACAUUCUUCUAUAAUUUCAGCUUCUCCAACUUCAACCAGCUCAUCUAGGACAACAUCAUCAAAAACAACAACAACAACAACAACAACAACAUCUGCACUGUCAUUUAGACCAUUCUCUACAGACGUAACUGUAUAUGGCACAGACUCCUCUGCACCCACACCUCAAACUCAUGGUUCUACUGUGGCCCUCUUUGUAUCCCUGACCGUGUUCAUGGUGAUGUUUGGAACCGCUUUCUUAAUUUGCAUCAGGUGCAGGAAAAGGAGGGGUGAUGAGUCAUCGCCAUACCAUAAGGACACUGCUCAAAGCAACAACAGAGUGAGCGCUCUUGCAAACGGUGUUUAUGAAGAGGUUAAGGACACCUGCAUCUCAG